AUGCCUGGAAGUGGCUCUGGGGAUCCGCCCCCGCAAACCCGGGAACCCACGGACAGCUCUGAUGGAGAAACCCUAUUCACCAGCAGUGACUAUGAAGCCAGGAGGGAGAACUUGAGAAAUGAAAACCCUCAGGGCCUCACGCGACCAACAAGUGGAGUUGACGUUCAGAGGGCCGAGGAGGAGUUCGCCCAGCUGAGCAAGCAACUGACGGGGAUCUCUGAACGGGCCAAACGCCUGUCCCGCCAACAAUCAAGCCGGCUCGACGAGAAGACGCCCGAAGAUAUAGAGACGUCAACGGAAGGAGAACCUUUUGACCUUGAGACCACUCUCCGCGGUUCCAGAACCGCCGAAGCGGACGCUGGCAUCCGGCCUAAGCGGAUUGGGGUCAUCUGGGACGGCCUCACCGUUCGAGGGAUAGGCGGGGUGAGAAAUAUUGUCCGCACCUUUCCCAAUGCCGUUGUAGACUUCUUCAAUGUUCCCCAGACGAUUAUGCAUAUCUUUGGUCUGGGGAGAAAAGGUAAAGAAUUUGAGAUCUUGAAGAACUUCAAGGGCGUCGCAAAGCCUGGCGAGAUGGUCCUGGUACUGGGCAAACCUUCAGCCGGCUGCACGACAUUCCUCAAAGUGAUAGCAAACCAAAGGUUCGGCUAUACAGGCGUUGAUGGCGAAGUUCGCUAUGGGCCCUUUGACGCCAGUGCUUUUGCCAAACGCUUCAGAGGCGAAGCUGUCUAUAAUCAGGAAGAUGACGUGCAUCAUCCAACCUUGACGGUUGGUCAAACCCUUGGAUUCGCCUUGGACACUAAGACGCCCGGGAAGCGCCCUGCUGGCAUGUCCAAGGCUGAGUUCAAAGAAAAGAUCAUUAACCUCCUUUUGAAGAUGUUCAACAUUGAACAUACGAUCAACACCGUUGUUGGCAAUCAGUUUGUCCGUGGAGUUUCUGGAGGAGAGCGAAAGCGCGUCAGCAUUGCAGAAAUGAUGGUUACCUCUGCUACGGUCCUUGCUUGGGAUAAUACCACUCGAGGCUUGGAUGCGUCCACUGCGCUCGAUUACGCCAAAUCGCUUCGUAUUUUGACUAACAUAUAUCAGACGACAACUUUCGUGUCUCUUUACCAGGCCUCUGAGAAUAUCUAUGAUCAGUUUAAUAAAGUCAUGGUGAUCGACUCAGGCCGCCAGGUCUACUUUGGUCCUACAAAGGAAGCACGAGCGUAUUUCGAGGACCUGGGUUUCAAGGAAAAGCCUCGUCAGACAACCCCGGACUAUUUGACUGGAUGCACCGACUCCUUUGAGCGAGAGUAUAAGGAAGGUCGAAACGCAGAAAAUACUCCCUCGACACCAGAUGCUCUUGUUCAAGCUUUCGAGAAGUCUCGAUUCAACGAGGCCCUUGAACAGGAAAUGGAUACAUACCGAGCCCAGCUGGACCAGGAGAAGCACGUCUAUGAUGAUUUCGAAAUGGCUCACCUCGAAGCGAAGCGCAAAUUCACGUCAAAGUCGUCGGUCUAUUCAAUUCCGUUUUAUCUUCAAGUUUGGGCCCUGAUGCAGCGUCAAUUCUUGAUCAAGUGGCAAGAUAAGUUCUCUCUCGCAGUCUCGUGGAUCACAUCUAUCGGCGUGGCCAUCGUUCUUGGUACAGUGUGGCUCAAGCUUCCUACGACAAGCGCUGGAGCCUUUACCCGUGGCGGUGUUUUGUUUAUCUCGCUCUUGUUUAAUGCUCUGCAAGCUUUUAGCGAGUUGGCAUCUACUAUGUUGGGCCGGCCGAUCGUGAACAAGCAUCGUGCAUAUACUUUUCAUCGUCCAAGCGCUCUCUGGAUUGCCCAAAUAGCCGUCGACCUGGCCUUCGCUUCCGUGCAAAUUUUCGUCUUCAGUGUUAUAGUCUAUUUCAUGUGCGGCUUGGUUCUGGAUGCGGGAGCUUUCUUCACCUUCGUUCUCAUCAUCAUCACCGGGUAUCUCUCUAUGACACUGUUUUUCCGUACUGUCGGAUGUGUUUGUCCAGACUUUGAUUACGCCCUGAAAGGUGUGUCCAUCAUCAUCACGCUGUUUGUCGUCACCUCCGGAUACCUCAUCCAAUGGCAGGAUCAACAAGUGUGGCUUCGGUGGUUUUUCUACAUCAAUGCAGUCGGCUUGGGGUUUUCUGGGCUAAUGAUGAACGAAUUCGGGCGACUGAACAUGACCUGCACCCCAGAGUCUCUCAUCCCAGCAGGACCCGGGUACACAAAUUUAUCACAUCAAGUCUGCACUCUUCCCGGUGGCGACCCGGGUUCAAGUAUUAUCCCAGGCUCAAAUUACAUCAAACUUCAGUUCCGAUAUGACCCUGCUGACCUUUGGAGGAACUGGGGCAUCAUGGUCGUUCUCAUCGUUGUUUUCCUUUGUGCGAAUGCUUACUUGGGUGAAGCUCUCACAUAUGGUGCUGGAGGCAAGACCGUAACUUUCUUUGCGAAGGAGACCCAUGAAUUGAAGAAGCUUAACUCGGAACUUCAGGAGAAAAAGCGAAACCGACAAGAGAAGAAAUCGGAAGAAUCGGAAUCGAACUUGAAGAUCGAGUCGAAGUCCGUUCUGUCUUGGGAGGAUCUAUGCUACGAUGUUCCAGUCCCUGGUGGCACUCGCCGCCUGCUCAAUAACGUCUUUGGAUAUGUUGAACCGGGGAAACUUACGGCCUUGAUGGGCGCUAGUGGUGCUGGUAAAACAACGCUUCUUGAUGUAUUAGCCGCGCGAAAGAAUAUUGGUGUUAUCACUGGUGAUAUUCUCGUUGACGGACGUACUCCGCGGUCAUCGUUCCAACGCGGGACAUCUUAUGCAGAGCAGCUCGAUGUCCACGAGCCGACGCAGACCGUCAGAGAAGCGCUUCGGUUUUCUGCCACCCUUCGCCAACCCUAUGAGGUACCCGAAGAAGAGAAGUUCGCAUACGUCGAAGAGAUCAUCUCCCUCCUUGAACUUGAAAACCUGGCAGAUGCCAUUAUCGGUGACCCAGAAACUGGACUAUCGGUCGAAGAGCGGAAGCGUGUUACAAUUGGCGUGGAACUCGCUGCCAAACCACAACUGCUGCUAUUCUUGGAUGAACCGACAUCCGGUCUCGACAGUCAGUCCGCCUUUAACAUUGUCCGUUUCCUCCGAAAGCUUGCCGCUGCGGGUCAAGCGAUCCUUUGCACCAUUCAUCAGCCGAAUUCUGCACUGUUUGAGAACUUUGACCGUCUGCUAUUGCUUCAACGAGGUGGCGAGUGUGUAUAUUUUGGUGAUAUUGGAACGGAUGCACGCGUUCUCCGUGAUUACUUCCACCGCAAUGGUGCCGAUUGCCCAUCUAACGCGAACCCGGCUGAAUGGAUGCUUGAUGCGAUCGGUGCUGGACAGACACCACGGAUUGGAAGCCGUGACUGGGGAGACGUUUGGAAGACAUCUCCCGAAUUUGAGCAAGUUAAACAACGGAUUGUCGAAAUCAAGGACGAGCGUGUCAAGGCAACUGAAGGGGCUUCCGCAUCUGCGGAUGCCGAGAAGGAAUACGCCACCCCGAUAUGGCAUCAGAUCAAAGUUGUGUGUCGAAGGACCAACCUUGCGUUUUGGCGAUCGCCAAACUAUGGAUUUACACGUCUUUUCAGCCAUGUGGCACUUGCGUUGAUCACUGGGCUGUGUUAUCUCCAACUGAAUGAUUCUCGAUCCUCUCUCCAGUACCGCAUCUUCGUUCUCUUCCAAAUUACAGUCAUUCCGGCACUUAUUCUCGCACAGGUUGAGCCAAAGUAUGACAUGUCUCGCUUGAUUUUCUAUCGUGAAUCUGCCGCAAAAGCUUAUAAACAAUUCCCUUUCGCCCUGUCUAUGGUCCUUGCGGAAGUUCCCUAUAGUAUUCUCUGCGCCGUUUGCUUCUUCCUUCCGCUUUACUAUAUCCCAGGUUUGCAGUCGGCUAGCAGCCGGGCCGGAUAUCAGUUCUUCAUGAUCCUAAUUACCGAGUUCUUCGCCGUCACGUUAGGCCAGACGAUCUCAGCCUUGACGCCUAGCACAUUUAUUGCUAUGCUUUUGAAUCCGCCAGUUAUUAUCAUCUUCUUCCUUUUCUGUGGCGUCUCUAUUCCUAGACCUCAGAUUCCUAAAUUUUGGCGAGUGUGGUUGUACGAAUUGGACCCCUUUACUCGGUUGAUGAGCGGCAUGAUCGUUACCGAGCUGCAUGACAGACCGGUGACCUGCAAGCCGGAGGAACUGAACCGAUUCGUCCCGCCUCCGGGACAGGACUGCUUCUCAUACAUGAAAGAGUUCUUCGCAAACGGUGGCCCUGGGUACCUGGUAAAGAAUGCCACCGAUAUAUGCGAAUACUGUGCAUAUAAGGUGGGAGACCAAUUCUAUAAACCUUUUGGCAUGGAAUUCAGCAAUCGGUGGAGAGACUUGGGUAUUUUCCUGUGCUUCAUCGCGUCGAAUUUGAUUUUGCUGUUCGUCGGGCUCUCUGUCUGUUUCUGUGUAUAA